UUUCCUCUGUAUGUUUAUGUUAUUAUUAUUAUUAUUAUUUUAUAAUAACUUUAUCACAGUUUGUUAUGAUUACAUAGGGGUGGCACAGGUGUUCAGUUUUGUUGGGUGCCAGCUCACAAGAGAGUUAAAGGGAAGAGAAAUGCAGACAAAUUAGCAAAAGAGGCAUUGCAAAAAGAAAUAUCAGUUCCAGUACCAUUUGGAAAAGGUGAGGGGAAAGCAGUAAGAAAGGCGUUGAAGGGGAAAAAGGAAGGGGAUAUUAUACAAAAUACAAAAGUCAGUAAGCAAUCAAAAUUAUAGAGAAAGGAACAGGCGGGGAGAAAUUAUAAUGACAAGACUGAGAGUGGAUCAUCACACAGGACUGAAUAGCACCUUGUUUUUAAUGGAGAAAAGGAAUUGUGAAAAUUGUACUGGGAUCAGAAGGAGAGGGAGAAGGGAUGAGGAACACCAGGAAGGCAUUAUUACGUUCCUUAAAGACACAGGGUUAAUGAGCAGAAUAUGAGCACACUUAAAAUAACAUGAUGCUACACACUCUUGUACAGUAGGUGGCGGUAUGCACCUAAAAGUUGUUUGCAAUCCGCCAUGAACCAAGAGUAGAAGAAGAAGAAGAAACGGGACUUUUAUUUUGGUUUGGCGAUGUGACGUCCUAAAGCUGCGCUGCGCUCGUGCAUUUGUUGUGAUUCGGCUGAAGACAGGACAAAGAAAAAAACUCCCGCUGAAUCAACUGGGAUCUACGUGACUCACGAUUAUAAAGAUGGCGUUUAUUAAAGAGAGUGAAGACCUGAAGAUUGAAGAAGCAUUCAGAAUCAAACAUGAAGAUACUGAGGAACAAACAGACCUGAUGUCACUGAAAGAGGAGAGUAAAGAACUGAAUGAAACGAAAGAGAAAGAUCAAACUGAGAAACAUGAUUUCAAAACUGAAGAAAAAUCGAUUAGUUGCUCACAGACGCAAAAAACACAAAGCACAAACCUUAAUUCCCACAUGAGAAUUCACACUGGAGAGAGACCUUUCACCUGCCAACAGUGUGGAGAAAUUUUCAUUCGAAAAGAAAGCCUUGAAGUUCACAUGAAAAUUCACAUUGAAAUGAAGCCGUUAAUAUGCCCUCAGUGUGGAAAAAGUUUUGCACGGAAAAAUCACCUUAAUGCCCACAUGAGAGUUCACACUAGAUACAAACCUUUCACCUGCGAACUGUGUGGAAAGAGUUUCACAAAUAAAGGAAACCUUAACACUCACAUGAGAAUUCACACUGGAGAGAGACCUUUCACGUGCCAACAGUGUGGGCAAAUGUUCAAUCGAAAAGAAAGCCUUGAAGUCCACAUGAAAAUUCACAUGGAAAAGAAGCCAUUCAUAUGUCCUCAGUGUGGAAAGUGUUUUACAUGGAAAAGUCACUUUAAUGCCCACAUGAGAAUUCACACUGGAGAGAAACCUUUCACCUGCUCUCAGUGUGGAAAGUGUUGUACACAUAAAAACCAACUUAAUGCCCACAUGAAAAUUCACAAUGGAGAGAAGCCUUUCGCCUGCAAACUGUGUGGGAAGAGUUUCACGCAUAAAUCAAAUCUAAAGACUCACAUGAGAAUUCACACCGGAGAGAAGCCUUUCACCUGCCCUCAGUGUGGGAAGAGCUACAGAUAUAAUGUAAACCUUAAUAAUCACAUGAAGAUUCACUCAAGAGAAAUUUUUAAAUGUCAUCUGUGCAAAAGGAGUUUCACAGACACGAAUCGCCUUGAGAAUCAUGUAAUAACUCACACUAGAGGAGAGUCUUUCAUGUGCCAUCACUGUGGAAAAAGUUUCUCAAGAAAAGAUAUCCUCAACAUUCACAUGAGAAUUCACACUGGAGAGAAGCCUUUCACCUGCCAACAGUGUGGAAAGAGCUUCUCUGUUAAAGUAAACUUUAUAACUCACAUGAGAGUUCACACUGGAGAGAAGCCUUACAAGUGUCUUCAGUGUGAGAAGAGUUUCACAUAUAAAAGCAGCAUGAAACAUCACUUGCAAACUCAUUCUGGGAAGAAAUCACCAUUUUCCUCAGAGUGACGAGGUUUAGAAAAAGGAGCGAUUUCUACAAUCAUCUGUGCAUUCAUUCUGGAAGACAAUUCAGUUGUGAAAAGUCGUAGCAAUAUGACCUUAAAGUUCAAAUAUUUUGAGAAUAAAGUCAUAGCAAAGCCAGUAUAUUGCAUGAAUAAUGUUAAUUAAUGUGAAAAUUCAACCACCUACACCUCAAAAAUACAUCUGUGGCAUCAUUUUAUUCUUCACAUGUAUUAAAAACAGCAAUAAAACGUUCUAAAAGUUGGAAGUGGGCUCCAGCUUGUUAACUUAAAAUCCCCCUGUAAUGAAAAACAAACAAUUGUGCCAAUCCAUUAAUCAACACCAUUGCUGAGUAUUUUCCCAGUGGCAGACCCAGAAACGCGGUUUGAAACAGCCAAGUUUGCUACGUCAAAAAAUUCAAUAACCAAUCACGUCAAGGGAUAGAUUCCUAGCAUAUCCCUCUCUCCAUUUAUACAAAUGCAGUGCACAUAGAGAUCAUAUAGCAUAGAGAUCACAUGCAAAAUAUUCCAAUAGGAUUACCAGCACAGAGUAAAAAACCCAUGAAGCCGUGGUUUAACGCGAAUUUAGAACCGCUAACUUAAAUAAUAACCAAGUAAGAGUAAAAAAGUAGUUUGUAACAAAGUAGUUUUUCAGCAAAGUACUUUAGUAUUGUUUUUCUAUUUUUACCUAAAAUGAGACUAUUGUGAGCAUUAUGGAGCAGGGUUAACCCUAAUCCUAACACCCAUGUACUUUAAUGUCUAUUUCAAAAGUGAGACCCAGGAAAUCCCUUGUAUGGACAAAUGCAUCAGAUAUCACUACAGCUGAAUAACCUGCAGAUAGAGACGCUUUGACUGAUGAAACGUGGAAGCCAAUAAACACCCAAUUGCAAUGCAACGCUAACUGACAUAGCUUGUAUCACAGUAAAGAUUUUUAUAAAAAAUAUUUUGUCUCACUGUGAUAAGAAGCAACAUGGAACCACAGAAGCUAACUGUUUCAAACAAGACUGAUGCUAUAUAGUGAUUUUGGCACAAAACAAUAUUAGUCUCAUAAAUUGUCAUGUUUGACGCUAUAUUAAGCAAAAAUACUACCUAUCCCUGUUUCCAGGAGCAACUGUUUUAUAACUCAUUUUGAAAAAUACAUUCAUGUAUGUGUAUACGUAUAUUCAUGUUCAUCACGUUUAAAGCACCCGGGGUGUAUUAUAGGGAUCUGUUAUGUUUAAUCUAUUAAGUUUUGCUAUGUACAGGUUUAUGUCUUUUGAAUUAAACUCUGUUGCCUUGAAACUUAUGCUGCCGCCAUUCAUUUCAUAUUCGCUCCUGGCUGUUCUUGCCUGCCAGCAUGGUGGUGUAAACAGAACGGGUCACGUGACAUCCGGAGCUCUAUAGAAAGUUGCCAGUAAAAAAUAAUGUGGGGUAUGGGUAAGGUUGGCCAUCGUUUGAAUUAUGAUUCCGGUUCUUGUCAAUUCCUAAUUUCAAUUCCAAUAAGGUAAAAAUAAAUAAAUAAAUAUCAUUCACAUUUAUUCUAACUCUUAUUGCAAAAUAUUUCAUUGUUAGCUGAAUACUAUGAAUGAAAAUCAAUAGGCUAAAAACACUUACACCAGGAUGUGUGUGCAGCAGAGAAAACAGCCCGUGAGUCUUGACUUUAAUAGUUUAAAAUCACAUUGAAAGUGUAGUUUGUUAUAAUAACAAAGGUGGACUCCAGGCACAUUUUUAACCCAUACCUAGGCUUGGGAAUCCUAAAUCUACUCCAAUUCUGGAAUAGGAUGCUUAAGGUCAGGAAUUGUCUAGUUGUUAUAAAAUUAAAAUUUCGAUUUCUUCUUAUCAAUUCCUUUUUGCGCAUUUUAAUAUGACUUUAAACCAUUCAAGCACAAGAAGACUCGUGCACUGUUUUCUGUA